AUGGCGAAGUCUGGAUUGGGUCGCCAGACCUAUACUAUCGAGGUGAAAACGUCGGAGAUCAUGCAAGAAGUGCUCACCAACGCCGAGUACCAUUUUCGCGUGGGAGAUGCAAGCGGGACCGACGAAGCCGGCAAGUUCAGAGGCCCGGCGACACAUAACAUCGUUCAUGAAAAGAAGGAAUCAAAGGUGCACGCCCACUCCACGAUCCACGCGACUUUUGAGCUUGACGCGGUCCCUUCUCAACGGUGGUGGAUGGGUUAUAUGACGAACAUGGAAUCGAAAGAGAUCCUCGGUCAGAAGCGUAUCAGCUUCGGACAGAUCUAUGCACUUACUGCGUCCGGCGUAGAAGUCAGGACGCCAGACUUUCAGUCAAGUUGGGUGCCGAAACGUGGAUUCGGCUUCCAGAAUCAUAUCAACGCAGCGCCUGUCCUCCUCCGGGAACCGUCGAACAGACACUGCGGCAAUUUGACAUCUCUGCCAGACUCGGCUGCUGUUCGUCCCUGGCAGCCGCUGUGGGUGCCCGGCGUGGGCCGCUUGGAGCCGCGGGUUCGACCGGUCAAGCGCAAGGUUGCAAUGUGGUUUCAGAACAAAUACAACACAGCGAUGUUGUCGACUUCUGAUCAGAGCUUGAAGUGGGAGGUGGAAUGGGACGACUAUGGUGAGGCCCAUGACAGAGAGCUGACCGUAUACUACUGGAGCAAUGGCCAAUUUCACGGGGAGGAGGAGCCGGCGCCCUUCUCGCAGGGCGGCUUUCAAGAGGUUGCUCCAAGCAAAGAUCUCGUCCCCGAGUCCCAGAACAACGGCUUCGAUCCAGCGAGCCACUUGCCGGAUGAGGAGUACCAGAACACCGGGUUCGACCCAGAUAAUCAGCUACCGGAUGAUGACUAUCAGAACACCGGAUUCGAUCCGGAGAAUGAGAUACCAGAGGACUCCCAGAAUCAGGGAUUCCAGCCAGACGACGGAUUCGCCAACGAAGAAAUCAACGAAAGUCCCGCAAAAGGUGCUAACGGGACUGCGCUGAAAGCGAAGAAAGCGCCACAAGCGCUUGGGACGCGAUUGAAGGUUACCAUGAUGAAUGGCGGUACUUGA